AUGCAAAGGGUGAUAUCAAUAGGGGAUUUAAUGAGGAAGUUUGAUUUUAGAAUAAAUGAAAAAGAAGUUAUUUUAAAGUUAAAAGGCAUUUUAGGAAACGUACAAAUGACUGUUGAAGAAUUUGAAGUUUUGAUCCUUAUGAAAUCCAGGAGUAACAGUUCAAAGGCUUCUGACCGACCGUUUACCGACCAUGACCGACCGUUACCAUCCCAUGAAUCCGUCGGAUUUGACCGGACUUUUUAUACAGAAAUCCCUUCAGUCUGA